UGUCCUGUCGAAGUCCACCGAACCUACUCACUCGUCUAACCGAUUCUCCUUCGUCGCCAUGAAGACCGCCAUCGUACUUGUUGCCAUCAUCGCUGCCGUGGCUUCGCCCAUAUUCGCCGAAGAAGCUCUCGAGGCUAAGAAGCAAGACAAGAGGGGAGUCCUUGGUCUGGGAUACGGCGGUUAUUACAACGGACUGGGAUACUCCGGGCACGGAUACUCCGGACUGGGAUACGGAGGAUACGGAGGCUACGGUUACCUCGGGGCGCCUCUGUACAACUCGGCUCACGGCUCGGUCCUGCCCGCCGGUGCGUACGCGCACGGCCCGGUCGUCGGCAAUGGUUACCACGGCUCGAUCUACAACUCGCCCUACCGCGUGGGCUACAACGGGCUUGGACUCGGACACGGUCUGGGCCUUGGCGUGGGACACGGACUCAACUACUGGUAGGCUCGACGAUUGGGCCGCGCCAACGAUAAACUACUGAUUAUCGUGGAAACGAGCGUUUACAUGCAUUUCCUUUUUUUUUUCAUUUCUUGUACGAUUCGAACGAUUAUAGUUGCCAGUAGCAGGUGUAUUUUUGUAUGCUUCCCAUCAAAGUGAGUGCCUGGAUGAUUUUGGUCAUUAUAUCGUUCCUUCUUCCUUUGGAUUCCUUAUUCUUUCAUCUUUUUUUUUUUUUCUUCUAUUUUCCAAGUAUUCAUGAUGUAAGAUUUGUACUGAAUAAAAUUUAAUUUUUU